CCCUACACUCUUUCCAAGCUGGGACUUGACAUACACUCUCUUUUUGCUCCAAGCUUCACUCUCUUAGCUUCAGCACUCCAUCCUUGAACCUAACGCCAAUACCAACUAUCAAGUCUCACGCUUCUAUAUCCCAACUUUCAACCGUACACCUUUUUACGUACAACCCAACAUGCAGUUCCUCACUGUCGCAGCCGCCGCGCUCUUCGCCGCAUCCGGCGUCGCAGCCUCUUCAGGUGGUGCCGCCUACGUCUACAACAAGUGCUCCGCGCCCGUCAACCUCUGGUCCGUUUCUGCCGAUGGUCAAGGCCCCAUGGUUACCAUCAACGCCGGUGGCGUCUACAGCGAAGCCUACAAGACACCCUCCGUCGGCGGCGUUUCCCUCAAGCUGACCUUCAACGACACUUGCGCCGGCACCCCCAUCUCCCAGCUCGAGUACACCAAGGACCCGUCCAUGGGCCUCGUCUUUGGCGACAUGUCCAACGUCAACUGCGGAACAUCAGAGUGCCCGUUCAAGUCCACCGGCUGGUAUCUGGAUAUGGGCAGCGCGAGCUGCCCUACCCGCAGCUGUGCGCCCAACGCCGCCAGCUGCACCGGCGCAUACAUCGCCUACAACGACGACGUCAACACCAUCUCAUGCGCUAUCACGUCCGAUAUCCACCUCUACCUCUGCACCGACAACGCGCCCUCUAAGCGCGAUGUUCUCGAGCAUGCUCCCCACCGCCACGCGCAUCACAUCCGCCACCCGCACGUGCGGCGGUAGAUGCUGCCCUGGCUUGCAUUUUUACUUCUUCUGGGCACCCUACUUGUCUCAUUUCGCCCUUUCUUCACUUCUACACAUACCCCUUUGGGAAGACUUUUGAUGGCCCCCCUGGCCGGGUGUUGGAGGGCAAGCAACGGUGUUCUAGAGAAAACAAAACUCAAAGCUCGCUCAAACAGGGGUUCCGGAGAGUCCACUGUCCUUGUGCGGAC